AUGGAGGAAUAUCUCUCUCCAGCGCUUCGCCAGCCGCCAUUGCCUGACUCCGAGAAGAAGCGCCUCCGGGAACUGUCCAGGUUUGUCUCCUCCACCAACACACAGUACUAUUGUACGAUUCGUCAGCCAUUCGCGUUCCCUCAAGAUCCCGACGCAACACCGACCCCGGCCGACCCGGAGAAGGACGAGCCCGACCUCAAUGUCGUCCAUCUUUCGUCGGAUAUCACCCUGACUGCUCUGACGCAGCUCGGCGUCUAUCGAUUUGGGUGCAUGCGAUCGUACGUCUCGCUCAUUGACGGCCAGAACCAGCACAUCAUCUCCGAAGCGACCGCCUCGAUCUCCUUGCGGGACAGGAAGAAACACAAGCCCGACGAUGGAUUGUAUCUCGGAGUGACAACAUUGGAUUUGAUCUUUGGUGUCUGUCCUCAUGCCGUCAAGCUGUUUUCCGGGUUCGACGUGCCCCAUCUGCAGAACACAGCCAACGUCACCGCGAAUAAGAGCCGCUACAUCGUCCGCGAUUUCACCCUCGAGGAAUACUUCAAGGACCGACCUUAUGUGACGGAAUGGCCGUACUUUCGAUUCUACGCCGAAGUCCCGAUAUAUAGUCCGUCUGGUCACAUCUUGGGUAGUUACUGCGUUGUGGACAACAAGCCUCGCCAGGAUUUCAGCGAGGACGACGUGAUUGCCUUGCAGGAGAUUUCGGAUGCGAUUGCGCUCCAUCUCGAGAACAUCAGAACCGUCCACUACCAUCGCCGGUCGGAUCGCCUCGUCCGGGGGCUGACAACAUUUGUCAAAGACCGCCCUCACGAAAGGAAUCCGCUCGACGCUCCAGCAUCCCCAAGCGUCACGUCCGAACUGCCGCCGCCCGAACGGCUCGGUCUUGGUGAGCUGUCUUUGACGACUGACCCGACCGGUGGCACGUCACCGCUGUUUUCCAAUCAGGAUGGGGCGGAAAGUACCGAAGCGACGUCUUUAUCAGUGGCUCUGCAUGAGGCCAUGGAUUCACCGCCACUAAACAAGACCAUAGCUGAGAAUGGCUCGCCGCGAGACACGGGGUUCUUCCAAGCAAAGGAUAAUUUUACUCUCAGCACGAAAAGCACUCCUCUGUUCGCUGCAAAGGAUACUAUUCCGCUGUCGAAACGAAUUGCAAAUGUUUACGCUGCCGCCAGUGCGUUGAUAAGGGAGUCGAUGGACGUAGAUGGCGUUAUGUUUGUCGACGCCUCCCGGUGCAACUCCGGAAUUGUCCCGCAAAAAACAGAUAUAAUCGACUGGGAGCCGCUACCCAGGAACGCGGAUCCCCGGCCUAGAACCCAAUAUCCGAAUCGUUCAGUGCGCGAGGAGACCAUGUGCGACACCCUUGGCCUGACAUCGAACGAAAUCGGCCCCCUGAAUGGUAUACCUGAUUUUCUCCUACAAGAAUUGAUUGCUGCCCUUCCGCAGGGCGGUAUCUUACACCCAGAUGCCGAUUCAGACGAUCUCGAACUGCUCGAAACCCGACUUGCCAAAUCAUUCCCUCAAGCAAAGUCGCUACUCUUCAUCCCGCUCUGGGAUUGGAACAAGGGCCAGUGGCUCGCUGGAACGUUCGUGUGGACCAAGGACAGCGACCAGGAGCGGGCUCUCGGACUCGACGAAUUACACUAUUUCAAAGUUUUUGGAGACUCUAUCAUCUCGGAAAUCGCAAGACUCGAUUGGUCGCAGAAGGAAAAAUCCAAGUUCGACCUCAUAUCCUCCGUCAGUCAUGAGCUUCGCUCGCCGCUACAUGGAAUGCUGGCGAAUGCGGAACUGUUAUCAGCCUCUCUACUGCAGCCGGAACAACGCGACACCGUCCAGGCGCUGGAGACUUGCGGUAUUACUCUGUUGGAUACCAUGAAUCAUCUCCUCGACUUCGCGAAAAUCAACAACCUCGCCUCAAUCAACCAAACCGCCUCAUCCGUAACCAGCCUGGUCAGCACCUUUGAUCUCGACGUUUUGAUCGAGGAAGUGGUCAACAGUGUGUUUUCCGGAAUGCGUCAUGCUGCGGUAGCCUCAACGCCUACGUCCAGUCCCGGCUCUGACCCGGACACUGCCUAUAAACGGGAUCUGUCCGUUGUCCUUCGGUUCGAGAACCAGGGUCGGUGGAAGGUGACGUCCAUGACCGGCGCGUGGCGGAGAAUCGUGAUGAAUAUCCUCGGCAAUGCGCUCAAGUACACCAGCAAGGGAUUCGUUGAGGUCUCGGUAUCGCUCCUAGACCCGCCGGUGGAAUCAAACUCGGAUUCCGCCGUUGCGCACCUGCGCUUCGCUGACAGUGGCCGCGGAAUGUCGCAGGAGUUCUUGAGGAAUAAGCUGUUUUCGCCUUUUGCGCAAGAGGAUGCCUUGGCAGAAGGUGCUGGUCUUGGGUUGAGUAUUGUGAAACAGCUGGUUUCCUUCCUCAAGGGGUCGAUAGACGUGAAGAGCGAACCGGGUGUUGGCACUCAGGUCGAUAUCUUUAUUCCCGUUGAGCUCGUGCCAGAUGUGUCUGCUACCGGUGCAUUCGGGCCGGAACUCGACAUUGGCCAGCCGAAAACCACCUUUUCUCUCGUCGGCCUUGAUGCGUACCCUGAGCUUUCCGAAGCGCCUACUGGCACCCUGAGCCCCGAGGCAAAACGAAGAAUCUGCUUACAGGGUUUCUUCGCCCACCUGCUCGGGGACAAGCCCGACUGGAAGGUAUCGUCGGCCGCAUCGUUGGCCGACGCAGAUGGCGACAUUGCGAUUAUCAACGAAGCGGCGUUGAAACAACUUUACGAAGACGAGUCGUUGCGUCGUCGUGCCGAGAAGAAUCAGACCAGAUUUGUAUGCCUCUGCGACGGGGUACCUGCACUUAACACAAAUGGCCCCAGCGGCGCGCCGGUUGUCCGCUUAUACCAACCAUUAUCCCCUAGAAAGGUGCUGCAAGCCAUCAAAUCGGCCAUCGAGGCCAAACCCCAGCCUUUUGCAGCUGCCGACCAUCAACUCCCACCAGUCCCCAAACUCUCCCUCACUACCAACUUUGCGAACGACACCCCCGUCCCGGCCAGCGGCACAGACGCACCUGAGAAUAAGGUGCUCAUUGUAGAUGACAAUGAAAUCAACAUAAAGGUCCUCGCCAAAUUGAUGUCCAAACUUGGUUAUCAGCAUGCGACGGCGACCAACGGGCUUAUAGCCCUGAACAAAUACAAAGAGUCACCGGCCUCAUUCAGCAUGGUUCUCAUGGAUGUAUCCAUGCCAGUGAUGGACGGCAUAGAUGCCACGCGGCAUAUCCGGGCAUACGAACGCGAGAAGCGACUAACGCCCGUGAAAGUCUUUGCCGUAACAGGCAUUGGGUCGGCUGCGAUGCAGCAGGAAGCCCUGAUCGCAGGGGUCGACGAGUAUCUCGUCAAGCCGCUCUCCCUCGGCCAACUGGGGAAGCUGAUCAAGGUCCACUUAUAG